CUUUUGUCUCUUUCUGUCCCAUUCUAGUUGUAUUCUCUAACACCAAAGAGGAGAUUUCACUGUCUGGGGACAAUUUCACAACACUGAAGUACAAGGACACGGUAUUCCUAGAAAAAUAAAACAUGACAAAAAGCAAUGGAGAAGAGCCCAGGAUGGGUGGCAGGAUGGAGAGAUUCCAGCAAGGAGUCCGCAAGCGCACACUUUUGGCCAAGAAGAAAGUACAGAACAUCACAAAGGAGGAUGUUAAGAGUUACCUGUUUCGGAAUGCUUUUGUGCUGCUCACAGUCACUGCUGUCAUUGUGGGCACAAUCCUUGGAUUUGCCCUCCGACCAUAUAAAAUGAGCUACAGGGAAGUCAAAUAUUUCUCUUUUCCUGGGGAGCUUCUGAUGCGGAUGCUGCAGAUGUUGGUCCUACCCCUUAUCAUCUCCAGUCUUGUCACAGGAAUGGCGGCCCUAGAUAGUAAGGCAUCGGGGAAGAUGGGCAUGAGAGCUGUAGUCUAUUACAUGACCACCACCAUCAUUGCUGUGGUGAUUGGCAUAAUUAUUGUCAUCAUCAUCCAUCCGGGAAAGGGCACAAAGGAAAACAUGUACAGAGAAGGUAAAAUUGUGCAAGUGACUGCUGCCGAUGCCUUCCUGGAUUUAAUCAGGAACAUGUUCCCUCCCAAUCUGGUGGAAGCCUGCUUUAAACAGUUUAAAACCAGCUAUGAAAAGAGGAGUUUUAAAGUGCCCAUCCAGGCCAAUGAAACACUCCUGGGCGCCGUGAUCAACAAUGUGUCAGAGGCCAUGGAAACCCUGACCCGCAUCCGGGAGGAGAUGAUACCCGUUCCUGGAUCUGUAAAUGGGGUCAAUGCCCUGGGCCUAGUUGUCUUCUCCAUGUGCUUUGGUUUUGUGAUUGGAAACAUGAAGGAGCAGGGACAAGCACUGAGAGAUUUCUUUGACUCUCUUAAUGAAGCCAUCAUGAGAUUGGUAGCGGUGAUAAUGUGGUAUGCACCUCUGGGCAUCCUCUUCUUGAUCGCAGGGAAAAUUGUUGAGAUGGAAGACAUGGGUGUGAUUGGGGGGCAGCUUGCCAUGUACACAGUGACAGUCAUCGUUGGCCUCCUCAUUCACGCUGUCAUCGUCCUGCCACUCCUCUACUUCCUGGUCACCCGGAAGAACCCCUGGGUUUUCAUUGGAGGGUUGCUGCAAGCGCUCAUCACAGCUCUGGGGACCUCCUCCAGUUCUGCCACCUUACCUAUCACUUUCAAGUGCCUGGAAGAGAACAACGGUGUGGACAAACGUAUCACCAGAUUCGUGCUCCCAGUGGGGGCCACCAUUAACAUGGAUGGGACCGCCCUCUAUGAGGCUUUGGCUGCCAUUUUCAUCGCUCAAGUUAACAACUUUGACCUAAACUUUGGACAGAUUAUUACAAUAAGCAUCACAGCCACGGCUGCAAGCAUUGGAGCAGCUGGGAUUCCUCAGGCGGGUCUGGUCACCAUGGUCAUUGUGCUGACAUCUGUGGGCCUACCCACAGAUGACAUCACACUCAUCAUCGCAGUGGACUGGUUUCUGGACCGCCUCCGAACCACCACCAAUGUGCUGGGUGACUCCCUUGGAGCGGGGAUCGUUGAGCAUUUGUCUCGCCAUGAACUGAAGAACCGAGAUGUUGAAAUGGGGAACUCAGUGAUCGAGGAGAAUGAAAUGAAGAAGCCGUAUCAGCUGAUUGCCCAGGACAAUGAACCUGAGAAACCCGUGGCUGACAGUGAAACCAAGAUGUAGACCAAACAGAAGCGCUUUUCUCGAGCACCUGGCGCUGGAAAGUUUUCUGCAAUGUGUCCAAUCUCAUUCAGCUCACUCACGCAGUGAGAGCCCCUUCUCUUUUCCUCCCUACUCUGAUAGGAUUGGAAAAUGUCCAAAAUCCAGGGAGGGCUUGGCAGCAGCUGAAAUAUAAGUUUCAGACCACAUUUGAAAUUUUUAAA